CGAUUCUCUCUCUCUCUCUCUCUCUCUUGUCAAUGGCUAUCGAUCUCUUCGAUGGCGCUGGAUCCUCUGAUGAGGAGGUUCCCGAGCUGGAGAUCGACCACGAGUUUGCCCGCCGGUUCGAGCAUAACAAGCGCCGCGCCGCCCUUCACCGGCUGGAAGAACUCAAGGCCCGUGGCGUUGCCCAAUCGUCUUCCUCCUCCUCAGAUGACGAUGAGGAUUCCGAUGAAUCAGAGGAUGAUGACGAGCUCGCUGGCAACUCCGGUAAGGACCUCAAGUUCUAUGAUGCUCUUGUUCGCAUUAAGAAGCAGGACCCUGUUCUCCAUGAGAAAGAUGCCAAGCUUUUCUCAUCUGAUGAUGAAGAGUUUGAUGAAAACCCUAAGCCUUUGAAGAAGGAGAAGAGAGAGGGGCCUCAGUACUUGAAAGAUGUCAUGGCGAAGCAUCUAAUCGAGCACGGUCCGGAGUUUGAUGAUGAUGAUGCUGUAACCCUAAAAAAGAACCCAAAAAUCUAUAAGAAAGAGCAGAUGGAUGAUAUCAAGGCGUUUUUGGAAGCCGAGAAGGAAGCAUUGGGCUCUGAUGACGAUGAGGAGUUCUUCAAGGAGAAGGAAAAGGAGGAAGGUGAAGCAGAGGAUGAGGAUGCCGGCCAGAUUCAGAUGAGAUUGGAUGAGUAUUUUGGGGAUGAUGAGAAGUUGGAUGAGAAUGAGAUGUUCUUGAAGAAUUUUUUUAAGGAGAAGAUGUGGGUUGACAAGGACAAGGAUAAAAAACCCGUCUUUGAUGAUAUUGGAGUGUCAGAAGACGAGGGUGAGCUUGAGAAGCAGGAUAAAUAUGAAGCUGAGUAUAACUUCAGGCAUGAGGAGGCCGAGGGGGAUGACCGGGUGUGGGGGCAUGCCAGAGUAACAGAGGGAUCAGUGCGGAAGAAAUCAAGCAGCAGAAAGGUUCAGAGGAAGAGCAAGGAGGAGAGGAUGGCGUUGGCAGAGUAUGAGAGGAAGGAGGAGCUGAAGCAUUUGAAGAAUCUGAAGAAGAAAGAGAUUCAGGAGAAGCUUGAAAAGAUAAGAGCAAUUGCUGGGAUUGAAGAUGGUGAUUGUAAGAUCCAUGCUGAUGAUUUGGAGGAGGAUUUUGAUCCUGAGGAGUAUGAUAGGAAGAUGAGGGAGGUGUUUGACACUAGGUAUUAUGAUGCGGAGGAUGCUGAUCCUGGGUUUGGUAGUGAUGCUGAGGGGGAUCUUGAAAAACCCGAUUUUGAUAAGGAGGAUGAGUUGCUUGGGUUGGGGAAGGAUUGGGAUGUGGUGAAUUCCAAUGAAGGGUUUGCCGCAGUUAGAGAAAGAAUGCUGAAGAAGAAAGCAGAAGAAGAUAAUGAUGAUGAAGAAGAAGAAGAGGAUGUAGAAAGGCGCAUCGGAAGAGAGGGCAAGAGGAAGAGGAAACGGAAGAUUUCUCUCAAGGAGAAAGUUGAACUGGAGAAGGAGUUGGAGGAGUAUUAUAAAUUGGAUUAUGAAGAUACAAUUGGAGAUCUUAAGACUCGCUUCAAGUAUACUUCUGUUCCUGCCAAAUCGUAUGGAUUAUCUGCGUCCGAAAUUUUGAUGACGGAUGAUAAGAACCUGAACCAGUUUGUUUCGUUAAAGAAGUUAGCACCAUAUAGGCAGAAAGAGUGGAAGGUAACUUAUCACCAUAAAGUUGAAGAGGAUUUGAUACUUCAUGGAAAGAAACCAGAAGGUAAGAUGAGUGAUAAGAAGCAUGGGUUGAUUGAAAAUUUAGAUUCUAAGGAACCAGAAAAGAAAGAUGAAAUGGAUACAGCAAAUGGGGAGGCAACUAUGUCUAGGAGGGCCAAGAGAAGACGUCGCCAAGCUGAGCUGAAACUGUCUCAAUCAAGGCUCGCAGCUUAUGGAAAGAUUCCUGUUAAAACUCAUAAAAAGCAGUGAUUUUGCAGGAUUGUAGAGUAUGAUCAUCAUCAUUCAUGAAGUAUUCUUGUGCUUGUACGAAGCGCUCACUUUUUUUGAUUAUGGGUUUUGUUUUUAAGAUAUUUAGACAUGGGUUGCGCCUGUUUCACUCCGAUUUUUUAUGCCUUUCUUAUGCUUAGGGCAAUACAUGUAUCACGGGAGCAUUUUAUCAGUCCUACCAUUGUUCUAUGGAAGGGACUUGUAUGAAAAGAGAAAACCUUAUGUUUUGAAUGUUGCUCACCUGUUUUAGUUAUUUAUUUCAAUCUAAUUGCUGAAAUUUAUCUUUUGUCAAA